UCACUAUCUCCGUGCUGCCACAACUUCUAUUUUCUGCGCAACAGCUCGACGAUUUGCCAGGGCUAGUGUUUUUUGCGCCAUUCUUUUUCAGUCCUACCGUUUGUUUUAAUAUCUCAUUUUCUUCUUCUUGUCUUGUCUUCAAUCUGUCAUCAGACUUCGGUAUUCGCAAUGUCUUUUGGAGCACAGACUCCAACCAUCGUCGUCCUCAAGGAGGGCACGGACUCUUCUCAGGGAAGGGGUCAGAUUCUUUCCAACAUCAACGCUUGUUUGGCGGUUCAGGGCACCAUUAAGAGCACUCUCGGACCCUACGGAGGAGACCUUUUGCUCGUUGACGCAAAUGGAAGACAAACCAUUACAAAUGAUGGCGCUACCGUGAUGAAGCUCCUCGACAUUGUCCACCCCGCUGCCCGAAUUCUUACCGACAUUGCCCGCUCUCAGGAUGCUGAGGUCGGAGACGGUACCACAUCGGUGGUUGUUCUCGCCGGCGAGAUUUUGAAGGAGGUCAAGGACCACGUGGAGGCAGGCGUGAGCUCUCAGGUCAUCAUCAAAGGUCUGCGGAGAGCGUCCGCCAUGGCGGUCAACAAGAUCAAGGAGAUUGCUGUGAACACAGCGGACGGAAACAAGAGAGAGACAUUGAGCAAACUGGCAGCAACUGCCAUGAGCAGCAAACUUAUUCACAGAAACUCCGACUUUUUCACCAAGAUGGUGGUCGACGCUGUUCUUUCGCUCGACCAGGACGAUCUCAACGAAAAGCUUAUCGGUAUCAAGAAGAUCCCCGGUGGUGCUCUCCAAGACUCGCUCUUCGUCAACGGUGUCGCCUUCAAGAAAACCUUCUCUUACGCCGGUUUCGAGCAGCAGCCCAAAUCGUUCAAGCAGCCCAAGAUUGUGUGUUUGAACGUCGAACUUGAGCUGAAGAGCGAAAAAGACAAUGCCGAAGUCCGUGUAGAGCAGGUGUCAGAAUACCAAGCCAUUGUGGAUGCGGAAUGGCAGAUCAUCUACAACAAGCUCGAGGCGUUAUACAAGACCGGUGCCAAGGUCGUUCUCAGCAAGCUGCCCAUUGGUGACUUGGCUACUCAGUACUUUGCCGAUAGAGAUAUUUUCUGCGCUGGCCGGGUGUCGUCGGAAGAUAUGGAGCGCGUAGUACAGGCCGUCGGAGGUAGCAUCCAGUCAACGUGCUCGGACAUCCAGCCUGAGCAUCUCGGAACUUGCGACAGCUUCGAGGAGAGACAGAUUGGUGGAGAGCGUUACAAUUUCUUUGAGGGCUGCCCCGCGGCCAAGACAUGCACUUUGGUGUUGCGAGGUGGUGCUGAGCAGUUCAUCGCCGAAGUUGAACGAAGUCUACACGACGCCAUCAUGAUAGUCAAGCGUGCUAUCCAACACAACAGCAUCGUCGCCGGUGGUGGUGCUUGCGAGAUGGAAAUUUCUGCUUAUCUCCACACGUAUGCCGAUAAAAACAUUCCUCAUAAACAACAAUCCAUCAUCAAGGCGCUCGCCAAGGCGCUCGAGGUCAUUCCUCGCCAGCUGUGCGACAACGCUGGCUUCGAUGCCACCGACAUUCUCAACCGGCUCCGGGUCGAGCACCGGAAGGGCAACACAUGGGCUGGAGUGGACUUUGUCAAUGAAGGCAUUGCCAACAACCUGGAGCGGUUUGUCUGGGAACCUAGCCUCGUCAAGGUGAACGCUCUGCAGGCAGCGGUUGAAGCAAGCUGCUUGAUUCUCAGCGUCGACGAAACUAUCAAGAACGAAGAAUCCGCCGCUCCUCAGGCUCCGUCGCGGGGUCUGCCUCCGGGUGCUGCCCAGCGAGCCCUUCGCGGCCGCGGACGGGGUAUGCCCAGGAGGUAAAUAUGCCGACGAUCUAUUAGUGGUGCCAGUUACGAAUAGUGCCAUGUAUAGCAUAGCAAGUUUAGUUUCUUGUUCAUCUCACAUCAGGACAGGGAAUGAUAGAAUGCAAAAAGCCUUGAUUUAAAUUCACAAUUUUGUAUUCAUUUUGAUAUAUUGUAGAAUUCUAUGGUUUCAGGGGAAGG